AUGACUAUGAAUGAUUCUACUGUGUCUCCUGCAGAACAGAACAAGAGUUCAGAUGUUCAAGCUGUUGGAAGCGAGCUUUCGUACGGAGGAGCUGUAGAGCGACUUCGUCAGGAGGUUCAUGGGUUGAUCGCUGAAGUUGCGAACAGUGGGGACAAGUCGGACGAAGAGGUCGACGCUUUGAAGGCUGCCCUGUCAAAGAAGUGCUCUAACUUGGAGGCUAUAGAGAAAGCUCUCUCUAUGGUCACACCUAACCAGAGUCCUUCCCAAGUAACAGUGGUUAGUCAAGGUGCGGCUAAUAGUUCAACUGUACCUGAUGAUCUUCCUUUGUUCCAAUGGUUUGGACGUGUCAAAGAUGAAAAAAAGGAAGUUUUUGCCAACAUUGAGGAGUGUUGUCGCCGGUUUUCCGAUAAGUUGAGCAGUUGCACGCUUGAUCUUGAUGAACACUGGUAUCGUUUGCUUCCUCCUUGUCUUCCCGGCGAUCUUCGCAAUUGGCUUGAUGAGUUUGUGAAAGCAUCUGCGGGUAUAGCUCAGCUGGGAGAGCGUUAG